GUAACUGCAAGUUUCCCCAACGUUGUGUUCAUAAUGGCUUCAUUAUCGCGGACAGCUUUUUCUUCCCUUGGUCGGCGACUGAUACACCACUCUCAUGUUCGGCGUGCCAUCACAACCCUUGAAAUGCCUGCCAUGUCCCCAACAAUGACUGAGGGAGGUAUAGCUGGAUGGAAGAAGAUGGAAGGCGAGUCAUUCGCUGCUGGGGACGUUCUUCUCGAAAUCGAAACUGACAAGGCCACAAUCGACGUCGAGGCUCAGGAUGACGGUGUGAUGGGGAAGAUUCUCAUCCCCGAGGGCACGAAAAAUAUCGUCGUGGGCAAAGCGAUCGCAUUAUUAGCUGAGGAAGGGGACGAUAUCUCCAAUUUGCAACCACCAGAGGAGAAACCUUCCCGCAAGCAGCAGCAGAAGCCAGAAGAAAAGCAGGCACCCGCAGCGGAAGCCUCCUCUCCCAGUCCAUCUGCUCCCAAGCAUUCGCACUCUGCACCAUCCCAUUCGCGACCACUCUUCCCCUCCGUCUACCGUCUUCUCGGCGAACAUGUUGUUGAUCCCUCCAAGAUCACAGGCACUGGUAUUCGGGGCAUGCUGACCAAGGGCGAUGUUCUAGCGUUCCUUGGCAAAGCGUCUGGGCCACUGGGAACGUUCAAAGAGAGUCCUCCGCCAACUGCUGCUGCGACCCAGCCCAAGAAAGAAGAAGCUCCUAAGCCUCUUGACGGAGCGGCUCUGCGACGUCUGAUUGUGUCGACAAUGCUGCAGAACUCCGUCAAAGCACGCAACCCUCCUUCAGGCAAGCCUAUCUACCCAGCGGCAUCGCAGUGUUCUCAUUUCCUUCUAGCAGCAUUGCAGAACGUCGACUUUGACUCAAUCAUCGGCGACUAUCUCCCCUCUGCCCCGGCACCGCCUAAAGCGAAGGCCGCGCCUCUGCCACCGACCAAGUCGUCCGACUGGUUGGAUGGUCUAAUUUGA